AUGGUUGUAGCGCCCGGAAUGCCAAGGCUUCGUUCCAACAAACGCCAGAGCUUGGCCGCCCGGGCGUACAACUCUCGUCUUGACUUAAACAGGAACUACUUCCCUUGGUCACCAAAUCGUGAUAAUCUCGAUCUUAUCAACUUGGUUGGACCACGUGCCGGGGCAAUACAACAAUGGCUAUUCUACAAACGGGAGCUCAGAAUCCUGAAGACAGGACUAAAAACAGAGCAUGUGAAGCUUCAAAACGUUUGUGAGAAGCUUCUCAUGGGCAUAGCUCAACCGCCCAUUAUUGAGCAGAUGAUCGAGAAUCCAUUCGGACCCCUUUGGAAGGAAGCAGAGAAUCCAGAGAUUUAUCACAAGAUCCGGCGAAGGCUAUGGAGAGCAGCACCCAUCUUCGAAGAGAAUGUCAAAGAUAUGAGUCGCGCCCUUGAAGAGUUGCAAGAGAAGUUGAAUAUAGGUCCGGAUGGUCAGCUUCGACCGGAAAAACAAGGGGUUAGUUUCAGAAAGGAGCUGAAGAGACUAUUAUUCGCUCUCAACAAGUCGGUGUAUCUGGAACUGCUGACUCGCAUACGGGAUGGAGUUUCAAGCCUAGAGGCAUUGACCUCCCAGAACUCAGAUUUGGAACCGGAGCGGAACAAACGAUCCAACGGAAGGUUGUAUCGUCUCAUGAGUUCCCUAUCAGGCGGUAUCUAUCAUGCUCUAUGUACAGCAAUGUGUGCCUGCCAGUGUCCUACUUCUCACCUUCUGGGGCUGAAGCUAUCAUCACCUCCCCACACCAGCGUCAUACCGGACGAUGAGGAUAAAACUGUGGUCAGGAACUUGUCGAUGAAGCUUGCGGUAUCCGAUCAGGACAUCGCACACGAAAAGCUCGAUCGACAGGUAUGGUCUUCUUUUAUGGUCAAACCUUCCAGUCGACUUCCGCAAUGUCAAGUUUCCACUUGCCAGCAGCCGACUGCGCUUGUGGAACCUGAGCAUCCAACAAAGCGGGCCCGGAAAACCGUUGGGUUCUCCUUCUCGGAGAAGCCAACAACUAAGAGGCAUGGCCUGCUGUCUCGCUCAUCUCGAGAGGUGGAGGUGACAUCGUCAUCAAGGUCCUCCACUCAGACUUUGACCCUUGAGGUUACCAGCACGAAACCGGAAGCUUCAAACGAAGACAUAAUCGUGGACCUUUGUGAAACCCUACGACAGCUGCCAAACCUACAAGGAAGCAGAUGUUGCGGCCAUAUUACCGGGCCAACGGCAACUGAUACCACGGGAAUGGAAAGAUACGGUCUCUAUGCACUUGGUCGUCUACGUCCGUCCGAUGGCUCUGGCAAAUGUUCAUUUGUAUCCCUCUAUGAAGUACUGACCGAUAAGCUCACUGCCCCUUCUCAUUUCUACGACGAGGACAGGCUACGACUUGCCUACAUCCUGGCAUCCAGCGUCCUUCAACUGGCAGGGACCCCUUGGCUGACAAGCAAGGUGACAACCAAGGACAUCUUUCUCAUCCGAUGCAAUGGCACGACACACUUUCAAGAAGCCUUCGUCAUCAAACAGCUUCCCGAGCCAUCGGAUCCAAUGCAACUCGAUGCCCGAUCGCCACAAGGUCUUGCGGGCAUACACCAGAACCAGGGUAUGCUAUCCCUGGGAAUCAUCCUCAUCGAGAUCAUGCUCGGAACACCUUUCGAUACCUUCCGCGAGUCCCAUACCAAACAGCAUGGCCCGUCGACGCUGGGAUCAUUCUUCUCCGAUUACGAAACUGCAAUAACAUUGCUUGGCAGGCUCGAGACUAAAGGUAGCCCAAAUUACAAGCGCGCUGUUGAAUGAUGCAUCAAGUGCAAGUUCCCCCCACCGAAGCCAAACCUUGACGGCGAUGAGUUCAGGAGACUCGUGUAUGGUCAUGUGGUAGCACCGUUGGAAGAGGAUCUGAAGGAAUAUUCU